CUACAUAUAUAUUCACCUGGUAACAGUAGAAAGGAGAUCCAAAUCCCGAAUUGUUGACCCACAAAUUGGUGAGAGUCAAAGUCUCUCGUUGCUGAUCCAACUAUUCAGCUGGCAAAAUGGGUUUUGUAUGGUAUUGCAAAACAAAGACUCUCCGAGCUCUCACGGAGUCACAAACGCAGUAAGGUUGGGUGGGUAGCUAGCUAGCUAAGCCAUGCCAGGACCUGGUCCGCAUCUAAUGUACGCCAUGGGUUCGGGUCUGGCUCUGACCACCCUCUCCAAUGGAAGGUUUAGUCCUCACCAUACCUUCACCUAUACUAUUAACGCUUUCUUCGGACCUGAUAUUGGUUCCUUCUCCGAUUGGCUCGGCGAGACGCUUGGUAUCAGUUUGGGUUCGGCUCUAGCCGAUGCCAUCCACCACCCUUUCUACUAUUCUCUCAUUUUGGGUCUUCCUCUGUGUUUCUUCUAUUCUUGGGUCUCCAGAGUUUUGCUUCAGAAGGGGAUUCUUGAUUCGGUUUCGGGGGUUCCUCUUACGAAGAGGCAGUGCUUGUUGCUGGUGGCAGCUGGUUCAUUGACACAUUUUUUCUUAGAUCACUUAUUUGAGGAAAAUGGGCAUUCAACAAUGUAUACUUGGAUAUUGAGCACUGGUUGGUGGAAGAACCGAGCACCUGUUAACCCGGAUGCUGUUGUUGUUGUUGGUCUCUUGUGUAUGUGCUUACUCGGUGGCUUUAUUUACAUAAACAGAGUUAAAUCCAAGUCAAUUAAACAACAAUCAUAUCAGUCAGCAAAACUUAUUCUGAUCAUAGCUAGCCUAUACUGCUUAUGGUGCAUAAGCCAGUUAUAUUGGGUAAACCCUCGUCGACCAGCAGUUGGUGAAGAGGCUGAUCUUGGGGUUCUUGUGUUUCUGGCUACUUAUUUCUUUCUUCCACACUUCCUCUGUAUAUCGUCCAUGAACUCAAAAGAUCUUGAUGCUGAGCAACUUCCUCCCUAACAGUAUUUAUCUUUGUGAAGAAUACAUAAGAUUCCUGCAGUUCUUCUCCCAAGGUAGCCCGUCAAACUUUAAAGUGCUUGCCACGAAUUACGUAGAUGAAAAUAAGAAGCAUCAGUUGUUUUUGUUGUAUUGUUAACGGUGUUAAUUUGUUAGAUAUCUACUGGCCAGUAUAUCUAUUCUUGUUAUUUUAUCUCGUAGUAUUACACGUCUGUAAAUUUUUGGAAGAGUUUUAUAUACUCUGCAUGUAAUUUGUGAGCCAUUUUAAUGGAGCUUCCACUUUUCUCUCCCCAUUUCCCUUCAUUUUUGGGGAUAACUUUUUCAUUAUUGAAGUACAAAUGAAAUUAAUCUUUUCCUUGGUC